CUUACGAUUACCGAACACGAUGAUGAGGUGAUGUGGCCAACGUCACACCAAGCCAGCAAGAACAAUAGUUGGAGAAGCCGUGGGGAGUGGGAGGAAUGGAUACCUUGGCGCAGGCCGCUUUGGGUGCCUUGAUGUAGCUAUAUACUCGAGCCUGUCGUCCGCGCUGACAGCUGCGCCCACCUGCUUGCUUAACUUCUUGUCUUGUCGAUGCUGCAAGCUUUUCUUGCCAAACCGCCGUACGUCGUAUGUAAUGGGUUGCGUCGGCCUCGAGGCCUUAGGUCUUGUCGAUCGCCUCCCAUUGGCUGGGUCCGGGUUUCGCCCGCCGCAACUGGCUUAUCCUUCCCCACCCGGUCGACGUCGAGCUGCGUCGUCCGAAGCUGUUGGCGUCCCAAGAACGCGUAAUUCACCCACCCACCCUCCUUCACCCUUCACACCACCACCCCAGGCCGGCCUACUAUGGAACAUACAAAUAACACUCGCACGGAGCAAAACCCUCUCCGAAUGGCCAUCACGCCCAGCCCAUGGCACCCUCGGCCGAGGCGCAGUCUGCCUUAACUAUCCGGCGUCCCUUCUGUUGUCAGACCUUGGUAGUCCUGCGGAUGGCUCCGUCUCACUCUCUCCUUUUCUUUUUCCCAAGGUCCGCCUGCUGCCAUUGUCGCUGAUUGGGCUUGCCUGUGGUUUUGUUGUUCGUCCGCCUCAGUGGACUUCUUGGUCCCGCCCUGGCAUGACGCGUCAUUCAUCCCCACCAUGUUUUUCACACUUUCCGAGCUUCAAAAAUAGCUGCCGGCCACCAUCAGCAUAAACACUCUCGAACCCGUUGUUGACCGCGCAUACCAGCCAUCGCUCCACACCUCAGCCUCAAAAAUGACGAUGCGACAGGAAAUGACGCAACCAAUUGCCCGUGACACACCCGAUGCGCGUCGUUCGUCGAUCGCGGGUAUCGGUCAGCACUCACCCGCGCGGUCCUAGCGCGUUCAUAUGCA